AUGGAAGGCGAGGCGGGCACACUCGUCGGGGAGGAAAGCCCCCCCAAGUACAUCGUGGAGCACCUGGAUGAGCUAGAGGAAUGGAGCAUUCUCGAGUACAUACAUAUAUGCGAAACGGUAAAGGACAAAAAUGUGAUAUUCACCAAUUUUGACAGACCCUUUGACGAAGUGUCCAAGGAAUACAACCCGACGUGCUACAAGGAGCCCAUCCGAGAGUUGAAGCAAAAAUUCGAGUGGAAAAAAAUAUGUCUAUUAGAUAUGAAAGCCAAGGAAAUUUUAACAUGCAAAGAUAGGGAGAAUUUGGAUUACCUGCUUUUUGGAGGGAUCCUUGGAAAUGUUCCAUCGGAUGACAGAACCUCUAUUCUACGAAAGUGCCAAUUCGUCAUUUCGAGAAAUCUUGGGGACAUGCAGAUGACGACAAAUACUGCCGUCCUCGUUUGCCACAUCAUUUUAGAAAAUCAAGUAGAGUUUAAGGAUAUUCCUUUUGUGGAUAAUCCAGAAAUUCCCUUGCGAAAUCAGAAGGAGUCCAUGGUUCUUCCAUUCCGUUUUGUGUCCAAGUCGUUUUUUACCGGAUUGGACGAGGACAGACAUAUUCCGGUGCUUCCUUCUAAUUUCACCGAAUAUUUGAUCAGCCUGGGGGAUCAGCGUGUAGGAGAUCUGGACGACUUCCUCUCUGGGGGGUAA